AUGCAUGUCAAGACUUUGGCCGUGGCCCUCCUGGGAUUGUCCGCCCUUGCCGAGGCGGUCCAAGCUGGACGCAGAUCUCUCUUUGCCAAGACCCUAGAGCGACGACAGCGGGGCGAAGCCGGAAAUCAAGGCCAGACUCGGGGAGGCGCCGGAAAUCGCGGAGGCCGGAACGGGGGCGGAGGCGGCCAGAAUCAAGGCGGCAGUGGAAAUCGUGGCGGCAACAACAACAAUGCCGGAAGCGGUGGGGGUCUAAGAUUGGACCCGAAUAGCCUUCAAGAAGCUUCCGCGACGGAUGGUAACCCGAAAGAUGGCGAAGCUCCCUCGCUGACGGACCCCGAGAACUUCAUCAACUUCUGCGCAGGCAAGGUCUUGACCAACGGCCAGCAGAAAAGAGAAGGUUCCUGCAACGGAAUCCCCAUGGGUCAAAUCCCACCUGCAACUCGGAUGGUUUCCACCAUUCUUCUGCUCCCCGAGCCUGGUGCCAUCAUCCCGCCCAACCAGGCUUUCGACGUUCAGUUAAAGGUAUCGCAUUUGUCCACGGGCUUCUUCACCAAUCCCGAAAAUACAUACUACGCCGCUCCCCAGCAGCUUGAUUCAGACAACAACAUCAUUGGUCACACUCACGUCAGUAUCCAGGAUCUCGGUGCAAAUCUGAACCCGGCUACGCCUCCGGACGCCGUGACGUUUGCCUUUUUCAAGGGCAUCAACGACAAGGCUGAUGCAGACGGCCGCCUGACGACCAAUGUUGCUGGAGGGCUCCCUGCUGGAUUUUAUCGCAUCUGUACCAUGGGGUCUGCUGCUAAUCAUCAACCUCUACUGAUGGCUCUUGCCCAGCGUGGUCCUCAGGAUGACUGCAUUCGCGUUCAGGUUGGCGGCAACAGUGGCAACGGCGGUAUUGGUGGCAACGGCGGUAUUGGUGGCAACGGCGGCGGCGGCGGCGGCAAUAACGGAGGCGGACAGAACAGAGGAACGAAGAACGGUAGACAAGCUGGUACAGAUGCUCGUACAAGCUCCGGUGGACAAAGAGGCGGCGGAAGUGUCAACACGCCUGGUUCCGGCACAGAGAACGGCUUGGUUGGGAAUAAUGGAAAACAGAAAGGCCAACAACCUUCAGACAAAGUCCGGGGACGACCACAGUCCCAACCUACCGUAAACUCUGGCAGCAACGCAUUUUCUGGAAAGGAUGGACAGCAGGCAAGCCAACCCGUGGGCGCAACACAGGGAUCUUUCGAAGGCGCGCCACAGGGACCUGUGCCGUUGUUCGACGAACCUUGCUAG